CGAAGAUGGCAUUUGGAACACUGCUACUGCUGCUGAUCAUCAUCCUGGUGAGUGGCUAUUAUUUUCUGCGACAACACUACGAUUAUUGGAUACGUCAGGAUGUGCCACAAUUGGAACCGUCGCUGUUCCUGGGCAAUUUGGGUGGGCUGUUGAGCAUGCAGAGCAAUCCGGCGGAUUUCAUUGCACAACUCUACAAUCAUCCGGAUGCCCAGGAUAAACCCUUUGUGGGCAUUCAUGUGUUCCACAAGCCAGCACUGCUUCUACGCGAUCCUGCGCUGAUCAAACGGAUUAUGGUCAAGGAUUUUCCCAAGUUUGCCAAUCGAUACUCGAACUCGGACUACAAAGGGGAUCCGCUCGGCUCACAGAAUAUAUUCUUUCUCAAGAAUCCGGCUUGGAAGGAAGUGCGUCUGAAGCUAUCACCAUUCUUUACCAGCACUCGCCUGAAGCAUAUGUUCCCGCUGAUCAACGAGGUCGGUUGCAAUCUGGAUGCGUAUUUGAGGCAACAGCCGCUGCACAAUGAGAGAGCCCGCUGCUUCGAUCUAGAGGCCAAGGAGCUGUGUGCUCUCUACACCACAGAUGUAAUUGCCACGGUUGCCUACGGUGUCCAGGCGAAUAGCUUCACUCAACCGAAUAGUGAAUUUCGACGACAUGGACGCGCCAUCUUCGAGUUCAGUUGGAAGCGUGCCGCUGAGUUUACUUUGGUCUUCUUCCUGCCCCAACUGGUGCCCUAUUUGGGCUUUAAGGUGGUGCCCGCUGAACCCACUGCAUUCAUGCGCAAGACCAUCAACUAUGUGAUUGCUGAACGGGAGAAAUCGAAGCAGCCAAGGAAUGAUCUAAUCGAUCUACUCAUUGACUUCAAGCGUAGCUCCAAAAAUGCCGACAAUCAAUUUGUAUUCGAGGGCGAUAUCCUCGUUGCACAGGCAGUGCUCUUCUUUACCGCCGGCUUCGAAUCCUCCUCAUCCACAAUGGCCUUUGCCAUGUACGAGCUGGCCAGGAAUCCCAGCGUACAGCAACGUUUGCGAGAGGAGAUCAAGACGGCAUUGAUUGCCAGUGGUGGAUGCGUAACGCAACAAUUGAUUGAAUCCUUGGAGUAUAUGCAAAUGACAUUGCAGGAGGUGUUGCGGAUGUAUCCACCAUUGCCGUUCCUCGAUCGCGAAUGCACCAGCGACAAUGGCUAUUCGCUGGCGCCCUUUCACAAAUUCCGGGUGCCCAAGGGCAUGCCAAUUUAUAUACCAGCCUAUGGUCUGCACAUGGAUCCGCAGUACUAUCCGGAGCCACGACAAUUCCAGCCGGAACGUUUCUCGGCCCGUAAUCGCAAGGAGCACACUCCUUAUACCUAUAUGCCCUUUGGACUGGGUCAACAUGGUUGCAUUGGGGAGCGCUAUGGCUUCCUCCUGGCCAAGGUGGGCUUAGUCUAUGUGCUGAGGAAUCAUCUGGUGACCACCUCGGAGCGUACACAGCGACGCAUGAAACUGGAUCCCAAGGCGAUAAUACUACAAGCCGCUGGUGGAAUACAUUUGCGGCUGGUGCGCGAUUCCUUGGGUGUUUAAUUCAACUUACUCACUCAAUGGGAUGUCGGAU